CAAUAAUUCUUUGAAAGGAUUCACUAAUAGCUUUUGUGAGGCGUUGCUAUCACUGCUCUUGUUCCUGUCACUCUUUGCUCCUGUCACUUUGUCAGUCAGUCGCUUACUUCCUCUGUCUGUCAGUGCAGUAGGCUUAGCACUAGGCUACCCAGCCUAGUGCUAGCGUGGCUUACCACCAGGCUGUAUAGCCUAGCGGUUAGCGCGCCGGACUCCGACGCAGAAGGCGAGAGUUCGACUCCACCUUGUGGACUGCAAACCUAAACGCAUACUUAUGUGUCUGCUUUGUAAUGCCCGCGGGGGCCCCGCUUCCCAUUCAUUCUCUAUGGUAGUGCUAAACCACUACGGAUGAAAUAUAUUUUUGGCCACUAUGACCCUUGUGGCGCUGUUGUGGAUGCGGUACUUCUAAAAAUUUCCGCUUUGAAACUUUUGCCGAGACAGGACAGUUAACCCACUGCUCGCUACAGCAAUCAGUGCCCCGUAUUCAUUUAUUAAAGAUGCACAAGAAAGUUGUAUUGUACCCAGGUAAAACCUGUGUGGUGUUCCGCAAGGGGCCACUCGGAUACCUCCUCCAAGACCCGUCAGAUGAAGCUCGGCGGAUAAAAGACAACACCAAACUUCAGAACAAGUCUGUAGCAAUGAGGGAGGACCUGGUACAUCAGAAUGCUCUGACUGUGGUCCGUCACAGAGGAGGGGAUGCCUCCGACAGGCGCGAGGUGUAAGGAGAGUACAUCCUGCAGUUUGGAAAAUAUAAAGGAAAAUCUUUCCGGUGGCUUCUGGAAAAUGAUGUUGGGUACACCAUGUAUCUGAUCAAAAGUCUCCAGAAGGAAGAGGCUGCAGGGAUCGCCAUGGCUGAAAGGCAUAGUAAGGAUAGCCUGCAGUCAUUCGUACAGUAUGCCCUCGGUUUUCCGGAGAUAAAGUCUCUUCAGGAUUAUGAGGCCAGCAGAGUGAGUGCUGCAGCAGAAGUCUCCUCUGAAGAUGAUCAGCUUGUUGGCUUUGGCUUACCAUCUAAGAGCACACGGAAGGAGAUUUGGGAUGGCAGAGGUGAUGGCUACGCGGCCUUUAUCAUGGAAAAGAGCUGCAUUCAAGGAACACGGAUGUAUAAGCUGCAGCAGUACUUGCGCAAGAAGCAUCAGUCUGCCUCAGCUACCACAAGGACCUCCACCAAACCCAUUGGAAUGGAUGAUGACAAAGAGUUGGAGGAGGCAAUGCUGAGUGUCUCACCUGAAAAACUUGAAGCCGACAGCUUUACUGUGCCAACAGCAGCAGCAGCAGCAGAAGUACCCACACCCAGAGUGCCUUCAGGAGCAAAGACAGCUCCCUCUGCGGCACUGUCCAUACCCCCUUCCGACACAACUACUGAACUUCAAGCAUCAUCAGCUGAUGGUGCAGCCUUAAAAGAUGAGAAGAGCAAGGUUCCUGUGCCUGUACCAAAGGAGCUGUCGUUUCUACUGAAGGAGACCACAGAUCAAACACAAGGGCCUGAGUCAAAUCCAGGGCCCAGCACAAGUGUUGCUUGCACAUCUGUGCGCAAAGCUCUCACUUUUGAAGACAGCAAUGAAGAUGCUCCUUCAGCUCAGCCAGCCAUUCCUGUUCCAGUGGCUGGUUAUGAGCAUGAGCUGAGUACCUGGAACUGCUCACAACACCAGAAGCUGUGGAUGAAGACCGAGCUGCAAGAUCUGGGGCUGUGGCCUGGGUCUCGACCAGUGCGUAACCCAGGAAACACAAUUUCACUCUGGCGUCUCCCUCCACAACCUGAGCUCAUAGAUACUGUAGGCUGA